AUGACCACACUCCAGCGACCCCUGCGAUUCGCCUCCCCCCGCCUUCUAGCGCGGCCCUUCCCACCCCGUAUACUCCCUCCCUACACCCCCAAGCGAUUCGUAGGCAUCCCCCCAGCCUACCUCCUAGACGACUACAUCCCACGCUACCACAUGCUCAGCUCGAUCGACGCCGCAAAGAAGAGAUCCCAGGCCUACGCGCACCUCCGCAACUGCAACCUGUGUCCCCGGCUCUGCGGGGUCAACCGGUACGAGACGACGGGGGUGUGUCUGAUCGGGGCUGAGACGGCCAAGGUAAACGUCAUUGCGCCUCAUCGGGGCGAGGAACCUUGUAUUCAGGGGUUUCAUGGGAGUGGGUCUGUGUUUUUCUCGGGGUGUAAUUUGCGAUGUGUUUUUUGUCAGAAUCAUGACAUUUCGCAUCAACGGAACGGGUUCGAUUUGACACCAGAGGAACUAGCAGACUGGUACCUGAAGCUCCAAGAUGUAGGCAACGUGCACAACAUCAACCUCGUCACGCCCGAGCACGUGGUCCCGCAAGUGGCGCUCUCGAUCCUAGCCGCGCGGGACAUGGGUCUCAAGAUUCCGAUCGUCUACAACACGUCGUCGUUCGACUCGCUAGCGUCGCUGGCACUGCUAGACGGGCUAGUAGACAUCUACCUAGCGGACUUCAAAGUGUGGAAAGACAGCACGUCGAAGCGCCUGCUCAAGGCAGAAAACUACACCGCGACAGCCAUGGAGAGCGUCAAAGCCAUGCAGCAGCAGGUCGGCGACCUGAGCUUUACCUCAGACGGCAUCGCCAAAAGGGGCGUCCUGCUCCGCCAUCUGGUCAUGCCAGGGAAGGAGGACGAGGGCCGUGAGAUCAUGCGCUGGCUGGCUGAGAAUGUAUCCAAGGAUAUGUACGUGCAUAUCAUGGAGCAGUACCAUCCGGAUGCGCACGUGGGGAAGAAGAAGCGCACGUCGCGGACUACGACUGGCGAACAUUCAUCCCCCUCAGACGUCCGCUACGCAGAGAUCAACCGUGCCGUACGCGACGACGAACUCGGCUCCGUCCGAGACGCCGCCGUAGCAGCGGGGUUGUGGCGGUUCUGCGAAGCCAACGAGAACCAAAGCAUGUUUCACCUAUGA